AUGCUGCGCGCCUCCAUCCUAAGGGCCCGUCCAGCUGCCCGCCCAUUGGUCCGCGCCGCUCGCCCGCAAUGGCACGUCGCCCAACGCUUCUACGCAGACGAUAAGAAGAACCUGGGCGAGACGGCCGUCCCCAACCCGGCACCCACCACAUCGCCCUCCAACCCGACCCCCGUCGGCGAGGGCUCCAUCCAGGCCUCGGACGUUCCCAAAGCACCGCCCGCCCCCGACAGCUCCGUGGCUGCCGCAGCCUCUCGCGAUGCGCCCGCCAUAUCGCCAAAGACAACACCGCCCACCGGCCCCGGAUCGUCGAGCAUAGCCCCCGACCCAAUCCAGCCCAAGCCCAAGAAGAAGCGACGCAUCUUCCGCAAGCUCCUUCUCUGGCUCACCGUCCUCUCCGGCCUCGGUUAUGCCGGCGGUGUCUGGUACUCGCUCGUCUCGGACAACUUCCAUGACUUCUUCACCGAAUACAUUCCGUACGGAGAGGAUGCCGUUGCAUACUUUGAGGAGCGCGAGUUCAGGCGACGAUUCCCCGGCCGCGCUGGAGAACCGAGGCUCCACCCUCAGAUCUCUGGCGAGAACAAGGUCACCAUCCCUGGACGGAGCGGCUUGACGGCGCGCCCAGCCCAGGAGAACAAGAGCGACCUGGGCUCCAAGGGCCCCCAUCUGAGCGCUGUCGACGCCAACAAGAAGCCCGACAGCACCGAGUCGAGUGGUCAGCAGCCCAAGGUCUCCUCCGGUGCACCUUCACCCGCGCCGUCCAAGACAGAAGAGAAGGCCGCCCCGGUCAAGGAGGUCGUCAAGAAGGAGACUCCAGCCAAGCCCAUCUCCCAGCUAGACCACCUCAGCGUCCCCUCCGCCACCGAGCCCGUUGUCCAAGACGUUGUCAAGAUCGUCAACAACAUCAUCACUGUCAUCAACGCCGACAACGCCCACGAUGGCAAAUACAACUCUGCGCUUGACAAGGCCAAGAGCGAGCUCGCAAAGGUCGUGUCUGACAUCAACAUGAUGAAGGAGAGCCUGCAGAAGCAGACCGAAGACAAGGUCGCCGCCGCCCACGCGGAAUUCGACCAAGCCGCCAAGGAACUCGUCACACGUCUCGAUCACCAAAUGCAAGCCCAAGAAGCCCAGUUCAAGGAGGAGUUUGAGAAUGAGCGCGAGCGUCUAUCACAAUCCUACAAAGAGCGUCUCCAGUCUGAACUCCAGGCCGCACAAAAGGUCUACGACCAGAAGCUCAAGAACCAGCUCCUAGAGCAAAGCAUCAACAUGCAAAAGUCCUUUACCGCAAACGUCCGCGAACGCGUCGAAGCCGAACGUGACGGCCGCCUCGGCAAGCUCAACGAACUCUCGUCGUCUGUCCACGAGCUCGAAAAGUUGACGGGCGAGUGGAACAGCGUCGUCGACGCCAACCUCAAGACGCAGCAUCUCGUCGUAGCCGUCGAGGCCGUCAAGUCGGCUCUCGAAACCCAAGCCACGCCCAAACCUUUUGUCACGGAACUGGCUGCCCUCAAGGAAAUCGCGGCUGAUGAUCCCGUCGUCAGCGCGGCGAUUGCUUCCAUCAACCCACAAGCGUACCAGCGCGGUAUUCCCAGCUCCGCUCUCCUCAUCGAUCGCUUCCGCCGCGUCGCGGCAGAAGUCAGGAAAGCGGCGCUCUUGCCCGAGGAUGCGGGCAUGGCGAGCCAUCUUGCUAGCUUGGCCAUGUCAAAGGUCCUGUUUAAGAAGUCGGGAUUGGCGGUUGGUGCGGAUGUGGAAGCUGUGCUGAGCAGAACAGAGGUUUUGCUCGAGGAAGGCGAUUUGGAUGCCGCGGCUCGUGAGAUGAAUGGCUUGCAGGGUUGGGCUAAGGUGCUGAGUAAGGAUUGGUUGGGCGAGUGUAGGAGGGUGUUGGAGGUGAAGCAGGCGUUGGAUGUUAUUGCUACGGAGGCGAGGCUGAAUAGCUUGCUUAUUGAUUAA